AAAAACUUAAUUUUCUCUUCGAUUUGUACCGCAGUUGAAAUUCAAAUAUGAGCGACGAAUCGUAUCUCCUCCUGCUUUUAAAACUCAAUCAAAUCCGAGCAAAGACUCUAAUUCCUCUCUUUAUGCUUCUGAUUAGAGUUCAGAUCUCUGUUUCCGGCAAGCGGCUUGAAUCGCAUCUACUUUUGGUUGAUUAUACUUCAGAUUCGGUGAUUACUUUGGUGUAUCGUCUUCGUCUGUAUGUUUCUACUUUUCCUGGAUCGUUACGGCGAGUCAUUAUUGAUAUGGUCGUAUUGGUAUUUAUGUAUGUAUCCUCUGUAAUUGGGUGUCUGGUUGUUAUAAACACUCGGCCUUUCUGGUGUUGUAAACACUCGGCGAGUCAAAAUUGGAGGCCAUGAGGUCAAUUUCGGAGGUCUUGAAUCUAUUGAUUAGUGAGUUAUGGAGGGGCGAUGUAACUGUGAUGUUUGACCAAAAGAUGUUAAAAUUGAAGAGCGAGGGAGAGAGAUUUAAUGCCUGAUAGAAUCUAUUGAUUAGUGGUUUUGCAGUUAGGUUGGGCAGUUUGGUCAUUAGUGUUGGGGGUUAGUUUUUUCAUCAAGUCAGAAUGCAAACUUUUGUGUAAAAUAAUCAGUUUGUUGUUUGUAGCAAGGUAGAAAGUACGAAGUUUUGUUGUUGCUUGUAGGCAGAAAGGGUGUGUAAUUGCUGAAAGACAGGUUCAUGGAGUGUAUUCUCCCCAAAAUUCUUGAUGGAAUGAAAGCUUUUCAUUAGAGGAAAAAUGUGUCCAAUACUUUCUAUGUUUUUAUCCCUGGUAGAUGUUCAAUUAAAAAUUGAUUUAUGUCUCCAGUUGUUCUAAACUAUGAAUGAUGUGCAUACUUGUUUUCUAUGAUCAGGAAGGAUAGUAUUCUGAACUCAUGGUUGUGGUCAACUGAGGUUACCAAUUUUGAUAAUUUUCUGUAACAGAUUUCUGAAUGGGACCAGGAGGGAAACGUACGGUUGAGUAUCCCCGUCAAAGUCUAACACCCAGAGCUGGACAGAAACAUGCAUCUGAGUAUGCUAAUUCAUAUGCUAGGCAGUACAAGAGAAACAAGACAGGACAUAAUUCUAGGAAAGUUAAUGGUGUCCAAUCUGCCAAACUUUCAAGUGAGCUUGGUUUGAUAAGUCGAGAAUACAUGGAUGAGAUCCCUAUCCGCUGGACUAAGGAUUUCAAGAAGAACCAUCUGCGUUCAGCUUAUGACAGACUAAAUAUGCAUUUGCAAGUUGAAGAUAUCAGCGAAGAGGCUGUCCAAGAUUAUAUCGAUGGGUUAUUGCAAAUCCAAGUCAAGCAGCAACGUUCCAAGCUGAAAAAGAUAUUCCUUGAGUGCAGGGAUGCAGUGGAAGCUAGAACAAUGAAGCCUCCUGGAAUAAGCCAAAAGAACUGGGACGAUUUGAUUGACUAUUGGCUCUGUGACAAAGCUAAGCGUGUUGCUGUUGCCAACACACAGAACCGACAGCGUGUAAAGGUCUCCCAUCGCCAAGGGUGUAAAGCUUUUGUUGUCUUAAGAAAUGAAAUUAAGGAAGCGAAUAAUGGAGAAGAAUGUCCCAUAGCACCUUCUGAAGUGGUCGAUUCUGAAGAAGUACAAGACAAUGUCGACAUUGCACCUUCGACUCGCUCAAUCCUUCGCCUGCGAGAUCGCCGCCGCCGCUCAUCCUUCGUCCGCGAUAUUGCCGGCGCCGCCGCUCACUCUCCUUCGUGCUCGGGAUCGCCUUCGACUCUUCCAAGGCGCUGUGGAGGAGGAACCACAACGCGUCAAGACCGGCCGCGACGACGAUGUUCAGAAUUACAAGUCAAUUUCUCAUUUUUUAGUAGCUUCGUCGUUUUGAACUACAUUGAAAGGAACUGUUCAAUUUUCUCAUUGCUCGUUUCUGGUGUGGUUUUCCUGGAGGUGACGGGAGGAACAAGGGGAUUGGGUUCGAGAUUUGUAGGCAGUUGGCUUCUAAUGGCGUUCUGGUUGUUUUAACAGCUAGAGAUGAAAGCAGGUUGAUUUAACUGCACUUACAAAGUACUACUCAGAGGUUCUCCCUCCUAGCAAUACUCCAGGUGUAUGCAUCCUGGACAUGUGUAGCAGUUGGGUCAGCCAUUACCCAUAAGGAUACAAGCAAGAUCGUAUAGUUGGGAUGUGAAUGAAUGAAGAAGAGCUCAAGUGGAAUCCUGUAUUUCGAACAGGGGCAGAAGAAUUUAAAGGAGUUGGGUGAUCAUGUCAACUGCAGCAGUUAGGAACCUCUCAAGCCGAAGUGAUUUCUUUGGCAGAUUGGAGUUUCUCAUUUUUUCUAUUUUUGUAUUUUUUUAAUGAAUUAGUACUGCUAUGAACUAAUGUAAGUUGGUAUUUGGUUGGAAAUAUAAUGUGACCAUUAUGGGCUAAAUUGGUUGCAUUACGAUUAUGCUAUCAUAACCAAAUUAGUAGCC